UCAAAAGGUGACGCUUUGGGUCUUGUGGACAACUACUGGAUCCUUGCCUUUCCACCAGGAGACAGCCACUGCUGGACCGCUCGGACCACAGCCUCUCUUGCCUCAAAAGCCAAGCCAUGCCAAAGGAGCAGCAAGUCAUGGGUCCACUGAAGGGUCCCCACAGCUCAACUUCUGCACCAACCACCAUGAUCAACAUGCCUGCUGAGAUCUCCACGCCCGAUCACGUGAUCUGGUCCACAUUCAAUGUACUCUUCCUGAACUUCUGCUGCCUGGGUUUCAUAGCAUAUGCCCAUUCUGUGAAGUCCAGGGACAGGAAGAUGGUGGGCGAUGUGACUGGGGCAAAGGCCUAUGCCUCCACUGCCAAGUGCCUGAACAUCUGCGCCCUGGUCUUCAGCAUCAUCAUGAUCAUUGUCUUCAUUGCUCUUUACGCCAGCAAAUUUAGUUCUGGGGCCUUCUAGUCCUGUCUUGGGCUCCACUGUCUACGGCUGCCCCACACCCUGGUCUUGGGCCUGACACUUUACCCCACACAUCAGCAGCUGCUAGCUCGCAUCUGUUCACAGUGGAGUCAAUAAAGUGCACGUAUUGACAACUAAAAAA